AUGUCGUUACCAACAAUAUUCAAUCUAACGGAUUCAUUAUCGCAAGAUUUUUCAAAACUAUUGAAACAAGAUAUCGCAGAAGACUUAGAUGUUUCAAUAUCGGUCGGGGAAUUUCCAAAUAAAAUUUUCUUUGCACACUCUCUAAUAUUAAAAGCUAGAUCACCCUACUUUCGGAAAAUUCUAUCGCAAAAAAAAUGUGGACCAAGUGAAGACGUGAUAACGUAUACUUUAGCCGAACCGAAUAUUUCUCCAACCGUAUUUGAAUUUAUACUUGG